AUGGACUUUGCCAAGAAGAGCCUGAAUGAUGCUCUUGGAAUUGCACAUGAAGCAGUUGAAGGGGUCUCAAAAUUUUUGCCCCCUUUUACUGGUUCACAUGAGAAAAGGGAGUUGGACAUUGGUCCUAUUCAAAGGCCAUUUGUUGCUGUAGUGGAUGGUAAACGCGUCUCCAAUAGAAAGUUACAGAUAGAAUCAAUGCUGGAUAAGAGUGAUACACUGAUACUGAAUGGAGAAAUGAUAUUUACUUUUUACAAGGCACAAGAUCUUUCAGUGGGAUCAUUCCCAGUGGAUGAUGAAGACGUAAAUUUUGCGAAGUCAAUCCUUGAAAAGGCUAAGUUGAGAAGAGUGGAGAUUUUGUUACCAAGCGAUGUCGUUGUGGUUGACAGAUUUACUUAUUAUGGAAAGAACAAGGUGGUGGCAGCAUCAGCCAUCCCGGAUGGUUGGACUGGCGUCGACAUUGGACCGGAAUCAGUCUAUUUGUUCCACAAUGCUCUCGACAGUGCAAAAACUGUUAUGUGGGAAGGUGCAGAAACAUAUGAAUUCGGCAAGUUUAGCCGAGCUUUAGAGACAAUUUCACCGAAGGUAUUUGAGCUUGGUGACAAGGGAGUGAAAACAUUCAUUGGAGUACAAACAGAAACUGGUAGUUCAGAGAUAGAAUAUACAAGAACUGUUGGUGCAGAAUAA